AGCCUGGUUUCUCAGGGGUCCAGACGUUUACAUUUUGUGGGGUGUUUAUGAUUGUCAGAUGGAGUCUCUAAGAACAAUGCAUUUGGCAAUUUUACUUUUCUUACUUCAGGUGGCUUGGUGUGAGUAUGCGGAGUCUGAACCAUGUUCCUCUGGCUUCACUUCUCAUCUCUUCACCUUCAGAGUCCACAGAGAACGCCUGCACAGAGGCACAGAGGUUGGGAAAGUUCUUUUCAGUGACUGCAGUGGACAGACGCAGCCCCUCUUUGACUCGGAUGACGAGCAGUUUCAAGUGAGCGCCGACGGCACUGUGAAACUGAUGGGACCGAUCACUCUUGAUAACGGUCACAAGUCAUUCACCGUCCAUGCUCAGGACUCCGCGGGCAUGAAACACACCGCUUAUGUGAGAGUGGAUCUGGAGGACAGAGACUGGCAUCAGAAAGAUACAGAGGAAGCCAACCUUUUACAGACUGAAUCCCACUCAAAUCUUCCAGUCCUUGAGUUUCCAAAAUCUUCAGGAGGGUUGAGGAGGAGAAAAAGAGAUUUGGUGAUUCCUCCAAUACGUAUCAUAGAGAAUGAAAAGGGGCCUUUUCCCAAGCGGGUGGCCGAGAUCAAAUCCAGUAAAGCCAAAGAAUCGAAGAUGGUGUAUGAAAUCAGUGGUGAGGGUGCAAACCUGCCUCCAGUAGGGAUUUUCACCAUAGACAGAUCCACUGGUUGGCUCUCUGUGUCAAAGCCUCUAGACAGAGAGGUGAAACCUCGUUAUGUGCUUCAGGUUAAAGUGUUUUCGCCGGUUGACCCCAAUAUAAUGGAACCUCCCAUGGAGGUAAUCGUGGAGGUGAUGGAUCAGAAUGAUAAUCGCCCCGUCUUCACCCAAGAUCCUUUCCUUGGCAGCGUACCAGAAGUUUCGAAAAUAGGAUUUGAGUUCAUGACCACAACAGCUACCGAUGCAGACGAUCCUAACACUCUCAACGGCGAUAUCAGAUACACCAUCAUCAGUCAGGAUCCAGCCCUGCCUCGACCAAACAUGUUCGCCAUCCACCCAAUCACUGGAGCGAUCCGACUGAAUUCUGAAGGACUGGACAGAGCGAAAUAUCCUAAAUACAUCUUGGAGAUUCAAGCAGCAGAUAUGGAGGGUAACGGCCUCCUAGCCAAAGGAAGAACUGUUAUUACUGUCACAGACGGGAACGCUGAGACUGAUCACAAAUCUGAAGGGAUGCAGUUGAUCGUUUCCCAGAUUAUCAUCCCAGAGAACGACAGAGGCCCUUUUCCCAAGCAGAUCGCCCAGAUCAAGUCCAGUCAUUCCAAAAAGACUAACAUGGUGUACAGCAUCAAGGGUGAAGGGGCUGACCAGCCUCCGGUGAAUGUUUUCAGUGUGGAUAAAAGCACUGGUUGGCUCUCUGUGUCAGGUCCUCUAGACCGAGAGAUAAUAAAACAGUACGAGCUUGAGGCCCACGCUGUCUCAGCUGAUGGCAGUGUACAUGAACCUCCUAUGAAGAUCCACAUCCUCGUGAUUGACCAGAAUGAUAACAAGCCUGUGUUUACCCAACCUCAGUUCCAAGAGAGUGUAGCACAAGCUUCAGAGAUAGGAUUUGAGCUCCUGACCGUCACAGCCACCGAUGCGGACGAUCCUAACUCUGACAACGGCGAAAUCAGAUACACCAUCAUCAGCCAGGAUCCAGCCCUGCCUAAACCAAACAUGUUCGAUAUCAACCCAAACACCGGAGCGAUCAAAGUCAACGCUGAAGGACUGGACAGAAAAAAAUAUCCUAAAUACACCCUGGAGGUUCAGGCAGCAGAUAUGCAUGGUAACGGCUUCACCGUGAGAGCUAAAGCUGUAAUCGCUGUAACAAGUCACCUGGCAGCGUCACCGUCGAAACUACCUGCUGAAGCUCAUUUCCUCAAACCCACACGGAGAAGGUUUAAAUCUGCGACCAGUGCGAGUGGAUUUUGGUGUGGAAUUAAACACGAUCUGUGUUUGAGUUGUGCUCGGGGAAUGGAGGCUGUAUUGAGUGUGCGGUGUGGACUUCUCCUGGUUUUAUUACAGGUUGUUUGGUGCGGAUAUGCAGAGAAGGAGCCAUGUUCUCCUGGCUUCACUUCUGAUCUUUUCCACUUCAAAGUGUACACAGAACACCUGACCAAAGGCACAAGGCUUGGCACAGUUGUUUUCGACGAUUGCACUGGGAGAACGCGGACCCUCUUCGACUCGGCUGACAGGCGGUUUCAUUUGAACAGUGAUGGCACAGUGAAGGUCAAGAGGCCGGUUACUCUUCAUGACGGUCACAAGGUCUUCACGGUUCAUGCUUGGGACUCCAAUGGCAAGAAGCACACUGCACAUGUGAAAGUGGAACACGUGGUUAGCGCUGGCCACCAUCAUGGCCACCAUCAUGGCCAUCAAAAACACACUGAGCCAGUCCAGCAUGCACAGAAAGAAACCCCCUCCGAUCUUCCAGUCCUUGAGUUUCCAAAAUCUUCAGGAGGGUUGAGGAGGAGAAAAAGAGAGUGGGUGAUUCCUCCAUUCCAAAUCUCAGAGAAUGAAAAGGGGCCUUUUCCCAAGCACAUGGUCCAGAUCAAAUCCAAUAAAGUCAGAGAAACGAAGAUGGUGUAUGAAAUCACUGGUGAGGGUGCAAACCUGCCUCCAGUAGGGCUUUUCACCAUAGACAGAUCCAGUGGUUGGCUCUCUGUGUCAAGGCCUCUAGACAGAGAGGCGAAACCUCGUUAUGUGCUUCAGGCUAAAGCUUUUUCACCGGUUGACCCCAGUAUAUUUGAAUCUCCCAUGGAUGUAAUCGUGGAGGUGAUGGAUCAGAAUGAUAAUCGCCCCGUCUUCACCCAAGAUCCUUUCCUUGGCAGCGUACCAGAAGUUUCAAAAAUAGGAUACGAGUUCAUGACAGUCAAUGCCACCGAUGCGGAUGAUCCCAGCACUACAAAUGCAGAUAUCAUAUACACCAUUAUCAAACAGGAGCCGCUACUUCCACAACCAAACAUGUUCGAUAUCAACCCUGUUAGCGGAGCCAUCCGAGUCAAUGCUGAUGGGCUGGACAAAGAAAAAUAUCCAAAAUACAUAUUGGAGAUUCAGGCAGCAGAUAUGGAGGGUAAAGGCCUCACAGCCGUAGGAAGAGCUGUUAUUACUGUAUCAGACAGCAACGACAACGCACCCCAGUUUGAAAAGUCUUCGUACAAUGUGUCUGUACCGGAGAACCAAGUGAAUGUUGAGGUGGUGAGAAUGCUCGUCACAGAUGGAGAUGAGGAACUCUCACCUGCCUGGGCAGCAACGUUCAAGAUUGUUACUGGUAACAGUGCUGGAUUUUUUAGCAUUAGCACUGGUCCUAGCAAACAGGAGGGCAUCAUUACUACUGUUAAGCCGCUGGAUUAUGAGAAGAACAGAAAGAUCGUUCUGGAGGUUGCUGUGGAGAACGACGCUCCUUUUGCUUUACCCAUGACCACCUCUACUGCCACUGUCACCGUCAACGUUCUGGAUGUGAACGAGGCUCCUGUGUUCGACCCAGUGGAGAAGGAGAUUUCCAGAGCUGAAGAUCUGGCGGUUGAUAGUGAGCUGACCGUGUACACCGCCACCGAUCCUGACAUAGAAAAGUCUCAGAAACUGACGUAUCGUGUGAACAGUGAUCCAGCCGGCUGGCUGAACGUUAACAAAGCAACUGGAGUGAUCAGGGUCAAGAGUCCAAUGGACAGAGAGUCUAGUUUUGUAAAAGAUGGCAAAUACAGAGCAACAAUCUUGGCUGUUGAUGAUGACGACCAUCCAGCGACCGGUACAGGAACUCUUGUAAUUCAGUUGUUGGAUGUAAAUGAUAAUCCUCCCACCAUCGAACAAAGAGAAAUUAAAGUUUGCAAUAAGCAGUCAGACCCGAUGACGCUGUCUGUGACUGAUAAGGACGGGCCUGAAUUUGGUGCUCCAUAUAGAGUGGAUCUGCAGGGAGAUAGUAGGAACAACUGGACUGCCAGGAUGAACGAUACAAAAACUGGAAUUAUGCUUACACUUUCGAAGCAACUCGAGCAGGGCAAAUACAACGUCAUUCUCAGGGUGUAUGACAACAACGACCUCGCGCAGGACAACACUGUCCUCGCCACUGUGUGUGACUGCACAGGAGGAGCGGUGACGUGUUCGGAGAAAGCUGUGGCUGGCUUCGGUCUCCCCUGGAUCCUUGGAGUUCUUGGAGCUAUUCUCGCUCUGCUCUUGCUGGUUCUGCUGCUUCUCCUGUUCAUGAGGAAGAAAAGCACUUCAAAGAAGGAGCCUCUUCUUGCAGAUGACGAUAUCCGAGAUAACAUCUACUACUACGAUGAGGAAGGAGGUGGAGAGGAUGAUCAGGACUAUGAUUUAAGUGUUCUACACAAGGGCCUUGACAACCGUCCUGAUGUGUUUCGUAACGACGUGGCUCCAACCUUCAUGUCUGCGCCACAAUAUCGACCACGGCCUGCAAACCCAGAUGAGAUUGGCAACUUUAUUGAUGAUAAUCUAAAGGCAGCUGAUAACGACCCUACCGCCCCUCCCUACGACUCCCUGCUGGUGUUCGAUUAUGAAGGUGGAGGAUCAGAGGCAGGAUCCCUCAGCUCCUUACACUCUGACAGCUCUGGAGAUCAGGACUACGACUGUCUCCACGAGUGGGGACCACGAUUCAAGAAGCUAGCCGAUAUGUACGGAGGAGGAGAGGACUAAUAGCCGAGAGAGGGAGAGGAACUCUUUAAAUGUAAAGAAGUACGCGCGGUGUUGCAUGCAGCACAUGGAUGGAUGUAAAUAUGGGACAGUUUUUUUUAUAGUUUUUUGCAAUAUUUUUGGCUUAUGAUAAAUAUAAGCGCUGUUGAAAAAGGGCCAAAACAGCAUUGCUGAAUUAUUAUUUUUCUGAUGCAUUCUUUAUAUUCUGCAUGGUUUUCAAAAGCACUGGAGGUACAGAGAUUAAUUAUCUAUAAAUAAAAUAUUUUACAAAGUGUUUAUGUACCUCUUUAUAUUCUAGCUGUUUUAAUGCAAGGACAAGAGUUCAUUCUGUCUGUCUUCAUUAUGUACUUCUGCCCUUCUGUAUUGAUGAUUCACCUUUAAGUUGUAUGUACUUUUUUAUUAUUAAAUUUUUCUGAUCAUUUUGUUUAAAAUA